GCGGGGGUAACGCCACGGGCCGCGGGGGCGGGGCCGAGCGGGCUGAGGCGGUGCCGCGCCAACCAAAACAACGACACACCCCGGCAGCCCUUGCGGUCGUUCGCCGCCGCCACCUUCACCGCCGCCCGGCGGGGCCCGCUCGGGGCGCAGGCGACCCGCCGCCGCCGCCGCCAUGAAGCUUCGUGUGCGGGUGCAGAAGCGAACGGCGCCCCUGGAGGUGCAGGGGGCGGAGCCAACGCUUGGGGAGCUGCGCGCGCAGCUGCGCCGGGCCCUGCUGCCCGCCUGGGGAUACAGUUCUGAUACAGAGUUUUCAAUAACACUGAACAGAAGAGAUCCUCUCACAGAAGAUCAGAAGACCUUAGCUUCAUAUGGGAUUGUUCCUGGUGAUUUGAUAUGCCUAUUACUACAAGAGGCAGAUGGACAACCCCAGCUACCUCCUCCUACUGCUCCCCCACUUCAGAAUGGUCAUGAGCCAUCCACCUUGAUCCCCAACGAAACUCAGGCCAACAGUCCAAAAGAAGGGCAAAAUGAACAAUCUGACAACCAGAAAGCUCAGGUGGAAGUUCAGAAGAGUGGAGAGAGGGCAGGAUCCAGCCUAGAAUUUCCUUCUGAGUUAGUCCCAGAAGAUGUUGACCUGGAAGAAGGUACAGGUUCCUAUCCUUCUGAACCCAUGCUGUGCAGUGAAGCUGCUGAUGGUGAAAUACCACAUUCCUUAGAGAUGCUCUACCUUUCUGCUGAGUGUACCAGUGCCACUGAUGCCUUGAUUGUGCUAGUACAUCUUCUCAUGAUGGAGACAGGCUAUGUACCUCAGGGGACAGAAGCCAAGGCAGUAUCUAUGCCAGAGAAAUGGAGAGGAAACGGUGUUUAUAAGCUACAGUAUACACAUCCCCUUUGUGAAGAAGGUUCUGCUGGUUUGACUUGUGUGCCUUUGGGAGAUCUUGUUGUUAUUAAUGCAACAUUAAAAAUCAACAAAGAGAUUAAAGGUGUUAAGAGAAUACAACUAUUGCCAGCAUCGUUUGUUUGCUUUCAGGAGCCAGAAAAAGUUGCAGGUGUUUACAGAGACUUGCAGAAAUUAUCCCGUCUCUUUAAAGACCAGCUGGUUUACUCUCUUCUGGCUGCUGCCCGACAAGCUCUGAACUUGCCGGAUGUGUUUGGGUUAGUGGUCCUUCCUCUGGAGCUCAAGCUUCGGAUUUUCAGACUUCUGGAUGUCCGUUCACUCAUCUCUCUUUCUGCUGUUUGCCAUGAUCUUUACACAGCUUCAAAUGACCAGCUUCUGUGGAGGUUUAUCUAUCUGCGAGAUUUCCGAGAUCCUAUUGCAAGGCCCCGUGACACAGACUGGAAAGAACUAUACAAGAAGAAGUUGAAACAGAAGAAGGAAGCCCUGAGAUGGAGGCACAUGAUGUUUCUGCCCCCUACACCUCAUCCAAUCCCCUUUCAUCCCAACCCGUUCUAUCCUAAUCCCUUUCCUCCCAACCCAUUCCCAUCAAACCCAAUCUAUCCCCCAGUGAUCAUUGGUGGAGAGUAUGAUGAGAGACCAACACUUCCAUAUGUUGGAGACCCAAUUAACUCACUCAUUCCUGGCCCAGGAGAAGCACCAGGGCAGUUUCCUCCAUUCAGACCACAUUUUGACCCAAUUGGUUCCUUGCCAGGAGCAAACCCUACACUUCCAGGACGAGCUGGUCCCAAUGACAGGUUUCCACCUAGACCCAGCCGGGGCCGCCCCACGGACAUUCGCCGUGCGUUCAUUUGAUUGCUGCGUUUUCCUUCAGUGAGUUUUCUAGUCCCUGAGCUUGCUUUCUAACUGCAGGAGGUUGCAAAUCCUAGGCACUAACAUCUGCCUUCUCUUGUGAUUGUGGCAAGAACAUGUGUGCAUGGUAAUGUUUCAGCCACAAAGGCUGGGUUUGUUUUAUGCUCUGGUAGUAACUGUACUGGCUGGCACUAAGGUCGAUUUUGCAAAAAAGAGCUACAAUUUAGAACAGUUUGUUCUGCUACCUGUCCCGUCCCGUGUCCCCCCCGCCCUGCCCCCGCCCCUCUUGCCCUUACUCAUCUGUGAAGUGCUAGUUGGAGACCGGAAGGACACUGGCCAAAUAUUUGCUGCAUCUGAUAAAGAGCACUUUAAAUACAAA